AUUUUCUCUUCUUCACCUUUUUAUUCCUCUCUCUGUGUCUCUCUCUCGCUUCUGGUUCGGGAAAAAAGAUGUCGCGCAGUUGCUCUCAGUGUGGAAACAACGGCCACAACUCUCGGACGUGUCCGACGGAAACAUCCCCUGGCGGCGGAGGAGAGAAAGGAAUCAUGCUUUUCGGCGUCCGCGUCACGGAAGCUUCACCGUCUUCUUCUUCUUUCAGGAAAAGCGUCAGUAUGAACAACCUAUCUCAAUUCGAUCACGCCGCUCACGACUCCAACCCUGUUGACGACGGUGGUUACGCCUCGGACGACGUCGUUCACGCCUCCGGCAGAAACCGCGAGCGCAAGCGAGGGACUCCAUGGACGGAGGAGGAGCAUAGGUUGUUCCUCACGGGGCUGCAUAGAGUAGGCAAAGGAGACUGGAGAGGAAUCUCUAGAAACUACGUGAAAACUCGGACACCGACUCAGGUGGCGAGCCACGCUCAGAAGUAUUUCCUCCGCCGUACGAACCAGAAUCGCCGCCGCCGUAGAUCCAGCCUCUUCGACAUCACUCCCGACGCUCAAACAGAGGACAAGACGCCGUUGGAGGGGAUUCCUCCGAUUCCUCCGUCGCGUAAAUUGGCUGAUCUGAAUAUCAGCCACAAAACAACGGCGGCGCCGGAGAUGUUUGCGUUGUCGUUAAAACUACCGAUGCAGACUUCGUCGUUGUCUUCAUCUUCCAACGAACAGAAUACACGUGAGCGGUCACGUGCCUCGGUCUUCGAGACCAUGUCCAGUAAUGGAGAUAGUAUAAUGGGGGUUGCUUGAUGAUGUACGAACAUAAUGCUUUGUUUGAUUAUUAUUAUAAGAUAAGAUUUGAUUAUGAUUAA